CGAGGAGCGCGCGGAUGAUGCUGCAACAUCUCCCACAGCGGAAACAUCCUCGCGAAAAGUUUGACAAAACUGGGCGGUGUGGGAAUUUGGUACAGCCUAGAAACAGACGCGCUUAAAGUGUUUCAGGCAGGUCUGUGUUUCGUUAGAGCACGAGUGACUUUUCUGAAGAAGAGCUGCGAUUCUUCACGCUGACACAGAAAGCGUGCGGGGUUUUUUGACGUCAUCCUCGCAGGUGUCAGUCAGUGGUGUGAUUACCUCGAACCGCGCGCCAACUCUUAUACUCUGCACUCCCGAGAGCGCUGGGCAGCAGCCUGUAGUCACAUGAUGCCGUUUACAGUGAACCUGACUGGCCCAUCACCCUGGGGAUUCAGAAUAUCUGGAGGGCGAGACUUCAAGAAGGCCAUAACUGUCUCCAAGGUGAACACUGGCAGUAAGGCAGAGACGGCCUGUCUUCAGCCUGGAGACAUCAUCACGGAGAUCAAUGGACAGAAUACCGGUGAUAUGCUGAAUGUAGAGGCACAAAACAAAAUCAAGAGCUGCACAACACAACUGCAACUUCUCGUGGAAAGGCCUGCUCCUUCCACUCCUGGUCAGACAAAUGGAAUUACCUCCCCGGAGCAAUUGGUUGGACGAUUCCAGGAGGCCAUUCAGGUGAGUCGAGAUGAGAACCAAAACUACAGAGAGUACACCAUCUCCAGCCCAGCCUCUCUUUCCCCUGGGCCAUAUUCACCAGAACCACCAUCCAGCCCAGAGCGCAAAGGAGGCAGGAUCACACCCACCAACAAGAGCCUGCAGUUCCAUUCCUGGUCCUCAGAAGAGAAAAACAUACAGAGCUACAGACUGUCCAGACCCCUCUCUCAGGAUAUUUCUUCUGUGGAUUUUCGCAGUAACUCUGUGUCCAGUCGGACUCCAACUCCUCCUGGACGAUACUCACCACACAGUCCCAUUGACCGAGAGCUGUCCAUCUCCCCACGACGCAGCUCGGACUUUGCCAUGCAGAAGUUUGACAGAGACUCAGAGGUAUAUAAGAUGAUUCAGGAGAACAAAGAGUCCCGUGCGGCUCCUCGCCAGUCCAACACAUUCAAGAUGCUGCAGGAGGUGCUAGAGGCUGAUGAGAGAGAAGCAGCCAUCCGGUUUCCAGGGAAACUGACACCAAGCCCCUCCAAGACCACGUCCACUGCUGGUGGACAGAAUUACCACACCUGUGAAAAAUGUGGCACUAGCAUUGUCACCCAAGCCGUGCGAAUCGUUGAAGAUCGCUUUCGUCACCCAGAGUGCUACACCUGUACAGAGUGCGGACUCAACCUAAAGAUGCGUGGCCACUUCUGGGUGGAAGAUGAUAUGUUCUGCGAGAAACACGCCAGAGAAAGAUACCAGGUCCCCAGCAGUGGCCCUUACCCAGUCGUGUCCCCUCGUCAUUGAGACGCCCAAUCAGCCACCCUCUUGACGCCGCCUCCUGCUCUUCUGUUUGCUGGGAACACCACUAAAAUGAGAGGACUGUAAUAUCAGGGUUACGUUGUCCAAUGGGAGCCAAAUAGAAUGUUUGAUGUCACUUAAACUUAAGUCUCUAUCAGUUAUUAUGAUACCUUACAGUUAGAGACUAUAUGCCUUGAUCUAUCGUGUUGCAAAGGUGAAAAGGAGUUAUAUAGGCGCCUACAUUAAGAGUGUGUGCUAUUUCUAUAACAGUUGAAUUUCUUAUGCUUUCAAAACAGCUUUUAUUUAACAUAUACAUUUAAAGGGAUAGUUCACCCAACAAUGCAAAUUCUGUCACUUACCAUCAUAUCAUUCCAUACUUGUAUGACAUUCAUUCUUCUGCUGAACACAUAAGAAGAUGGGACUGACAGCCUUAGCCACCUUCAUUGUAUGAGAAAAAGAUGCAUUGAUAGUGAAGGGUGACUGAGACAAACAUUCGACCAUCUCCUUUUUGUUUUAUGGCAGAAGGAAUGUCAUGCAAUUUGAAACAACAUGAGAGGAGGGAAUGAUGACAGAUUUUUGGUGAACUCUCCCUUUAACUUGGGUUUAAAUUGGAUUUUUCUUUGAAAUUUAUAGAGCUUUUCCAUAUACCAAGCCUUGAUGUACACUCAAAGGAUGAGGUGCGAAGCAGUGCUAAUGCACACAGGACUGGUUUCCUUAGUGUGUUAAUGUGCGUGUGGAUGCAUGCUUGUUUAUUGUGGAUAUUAGCGUGUGUAUGCACUUGAAGGGUUUGAUGAUUACUUUGGUGAUUCUUAGUUUGGUUUAAAUGCCUCUCUUCGUAAAAAAAAAAAACCAUAGUCAACAAAGCCCCAUCCACACAAAAGCACACCUAUUUAGUGGUCUACCUAGUUUGUUUUCUAUUUGCUUUGUAUUAAAUAAUGGAAAUCGAAGAAAUUAUGAUAUUGUUUUGUGUAAAUAUGUUUAUUUUUCACCUUUAAUUGUAUGUAUAUCAAACAGAUGGUUUGCGUGCAUGUUUGUAUUUUCAGGGUUGCAUGUUUCAAUUGCCUUUACUGACUAUUUUUGAGUGAGAGAUUCAUGCUCUGAUACAAAGCUGUUUCCUUCAAAUGCAAGAGAACGGAGGAUCAGAGUGGAAUGUGAACUUUGAACCACAGUUCACAGAAACACAUCUCUGUCACCUGGGAUUAAAUACUUUGAACCGUGAAUCCUCACUUUUUGUUUGUAGGGUUGGACACAAUAGCUAAAAAUAAACAACUUUGAUUAUC